CACGUAAAUAAAAUUGUUAAUUACUUGAUUCCUUCUUUAUUUCUUGAAUUAUUUCAGUAGCCUAUUUUCCUAUCAUUUCAUUAACGUGUUUAGAGGAGUUAAUGCUAGUUGACCAUAGAUUUGUUAUUUUGCCAUCAAAGAGUAUUUGGUCCGUCAGAACUACCCUUACAGUUUUGUCACGAUAUGUUAUCAACAGGUUUUAACCGUUUCUAGGCAGUGUAAGUCAUUUCCUGUGAGCUUAAGUCGAAAGAUAUUUGACUUUGCAUUCUAUGUACCAUUGUAGUAAACAAGAACAUGAGUGGGAACAGUCGAAUGUAUUUGAAUACAAAAUUACAGAAUAUUUCACUAAAAUCUGAUAACUAUACACUUAACACGUAAUUUACAAAAAUAUCAAUCUGUUGUCUUAAGCUUGACUAUUUCUUUUGCAAAUAUCAGUCCGUCUUCUCAGACUUCAUUGUUCCUGCAUUUUCAUACCAAUUGUUUUCCUUUCCCGUUCUUUUCUUUCCGAUGUUCUACUGAAAUACAUUAUAUUCCUGACCAUUGUUAUAUACUGCAUAUGUGGAUAUAAGUAGAUCACACCACACCGUUACUUGUUGUAACUAUCAAGAUGGAUGAAGUUAAAGCAUGGAAUAUGUGGUCGGAGACAGUGUUUAAUUUGUUUAUUAGAUUGAAUAGAUUUUCGCACAAAAAUCAAUUAUGUAGACAUUCUUAAAGGGCACGGACUGGCGGGUAAGCCACGGAUUUUCGCGCACACGUUACAUAUUGUCGUGGAUUUUUUGUGUCGUUAUUUAUCAGCUAUUAACAGGCUUUUUUGCAUGACACAUCAAUUUCUGUAUUGCUAGUGCUUGUAACAUAGUUUUUAUUCCAAUUUAUUGGCAGUUUGACGUAUUUCUUGCUCACCACGUAAGUAAAUCUGAAGUUAGCUUAAUAUAGUUAUUUGUAACAAUACAAACUCAAGCAAGUAAAGUUCACCGUGUUUAUAGUCAAAAAAUACAUCACAGAUUGAGUUUUCAUGAAAAUGAACCGUAAAAUCUUUUACAUAUGGUUCACCUCCUUGAUUGCGGUGACGGUGAACAUGGAUGUCGGUAGUUGUUUAUAAAAUGUAAGUAGAAGCAAUCAAGCGUUAACCUAAUUGUGAAUAUUAUAUAACUUGUUUGUAUUUAGCCAUAAACAGUCAUAUCCAUUAGAGGUACCAUUGUUUUGUACUGAAGUGACAUAAUUAUGUAACGUAUCUGAGAAAAAUUAUGUGAGUGACAAUUGACGUUUAUAGUGUUGUUCAGCGGCUUUGUGAACGUCUGCAGUAAUAUUGUAUAACACCACAUCAAGUAGGAACAAAAUCUUCAUGAGUAAAACGAUCGGUGUUUCUUUUGAGCAUGGUGACACAACCAUGUUUUUUAGUUAAUACUGAUUUGUGACGUGUCUGUUAUAGGGUUCACAAAUGAGUUAUUAUAAACUCUUCACUCCGUCUCGGUAAUACAGUUGUUGUGUUACUUAGGAAGUUAUGAAUGAAUGUCACUACUUGUUAAUAAAAGACUUAUAGGCACAGUCUGUUACUUGCUAUUUGAAUAACUUAUUGAAUAUGAUACUGAGAACAAAGUUUAAUUGUUUGUCUCAAAACGGAUUUGUUGUUUUUCAGAAUAGUAUGAAGCUUAUGGAAUUUAGGAUUACGGAAGAUCGUGUGGAAAACCGGUUUACAAGUUUACGAUAACUGUUUUAUAUUGCCUACUGCUAUGUUCACUCAUCUAAUGAAUUAUUUAAAUAUAAAUAUGACAACCAUACGCAGUGUUUUACAUUAUAAAUCCUGUAAGGUUGUAUAAUUAUGGUCUAAAUAAAGCCAAAACAAAUAUUGACGCAGAAUCAUGUGACUGCAUUACAUUUCGUGGUUUCUCACAAGUUGCAUACAACUGAAUAUGCAUUAUAAUUUAAGAUUGAGGGAAGAAAUAGUAUGAAAGAUAAUAAAAAGCAAAGAAUUGGAAUGACCUAGGUUAUCAAUAAUAACUAUACAUAUGUAUAUGCUUGAACAGGUCAAAGGUCAUUUGAUGUUAGACUUAAGGGAACAUAAAGGAUGGGUGGUGUAAUAGUCGAGUGAAGUUCAGAAGCAUACAAGAUAAAUUGUGUGAUAAUUCUAGAUGUAAUGAAUAAAUCAGUGAAUUAAGAACUAAUAAGAUAAGUGAAGACAAUCUGAAGAGUUAACAUAAUUUAGCAAAGAAGUGUGAGUGGAAGGGUGGUCUAAGGAUUACGUAAUCCAUCUUAUCAGGGAACUAGCUGCAUGAAAUUGUCUAGUUCCAUACUAAUACUAACUUGAUAAUGGACGUAAUCUGACAACGAAAAAUAUGUAAGGCGGUUGUUUAAUCUGUAAGGUUUUACGUGGAAGUCGCAUUGUUGUUUUAUUUGACUCGUUGAUUCAUCACAAUGAACAACGAUAUAACGCUAAAUUCUAACGACAGUUCGUAACUAAUACAGUAGUACAAAUUCGUAAUUUUCACACACAAUUAUUCGUUAAAGCGAUUGGUUAACCUCCCCAUGAAAGUAUGAAGAAGACGAAAAUAAAAAAAUGAGAAAAAGUUUAUUGAUUUUUCAUGACUACUAAAGUGGAAAGAUAAGUUUACAAGUUGUAUAAAUAGUGGUAUAAAAUAAAGCCACAAAGAACUGUUAAUCGUAAACCUGCUGUCUAGCUGUUUAUAAUUCUUAAGUAAAAAUUGUAGACUUUUCUCUCCACCUGAUUCGCAAAGCGUUCACCAUAUUUCUCAACAAUUUGUUGUUUGCACAUUCUUUGGAGCCGUUGAAGUUGUAUAUAUUCUUUACUCCGUCUCCGUAAUGAAAUUGCUGUGUUGUUUUGUAAGUUGUGCGUAUUGUCUAAUUUCCAUCUGCAGCAACACCUAAGAAGUUGAUGAGCUAUGCAGUUUAUAUUUUAUAAUUUACCCAUUAUCUCCUUGAAUUUAUCCAAAAUCCACGUAACAUCGGCACGCUUUUCUUUUUGUGUCCAUGCAAACAUAACAGUUCGACCUCGACCCCAAUUGUCUGUCACCACUAACUGGAAUAAUGAAUAUCUACAUAGUAGAACAAAACGAAAAUCAUAUUCACUUUUUAUUAUUAGUUUUAUAAGUAGAAUCAAUACACACGACUUCGGGAUAUUGAUUGUACAGCCGUAUCUGAUCAUAACUGCUGAAGCAUAUCGCCGUCAUACAUCCAUUUUCUGCAUGCUCUUGUAGUGACUCACGUUUAUCACGAGAACACGACUGGUUUAAUAAAAACAAUUAUUAUUAUAACCAACUGUACCAGUGUUUGUUUUAAUGUGCUUUUGUUUAACUGUGCUAAUUAUAGCCAUUUUGUGCUUCCAUUACCUUCCAUCAUUGUUCCGCGGUUUUUGGUACUGUUCGCACGUACUCCUGUCUUCUGCUUCCACUUGUACCAUUCCUUGGCACGAUCUCGGUAUUCGUUCAAUACCACGAGAUCGCCAACGAAAUAAAUCUGCUUAUCGCCGUCUCGUUUUCGAUGCCCUGCAUGGAUUAUCUCACCCAGGUAUCGCAGCUACAUUACGCCUCAUAGCUGCACGAUACGUCUGGCCGUCCAUGAAUAAAGAUGUUCGUAUGUGGGCUAAGCAAUGCUUACAAUGUCAACGAUCAAAAGUGCACAGGCACGUAGCCGCCCCCCUCGGUACAUUCGCUACGCCUGAUGCUCGCUUCGAUCACGUUCACUUAGACAUUGUAGGACCACUGCCACCAUCGCACGGGUAUGAUCACACACUCACGUGCAUCGACCGCUUCACCAGAUGGCCCGAAGCUAUACCCAUCACGUCUAUCACGGCGGAGACAGUUGCUCACCGUUUCGUAGAACGAUGGAUAGCUCUAUAUGGUUGUCCCUCGACUGUCACGACUGACCGAGGACAACAAUUUGAGUCCGCACUAUUCUCCUCACUUACUCGGCUGCUUGGUACGGAACGAAUACGCACUACCGCCUACCAUCCAGCUUCAAACGGUUUAGUUGAAAGGUUUCACCGGCAACUUAAAAGUGCUCUUCGAGCACACGAAAACGACGACUGGUACGAAACCUUACCGCUCGUUCUUUUAGGUAUCAGAACGAGUUUAAAGGCAGAUAUCCAAUGUUCCGCCGCUGAACUGGUAUACGGCACGACAUUGCGUCUGCCCGGGGAAUUCUUCACACCACGGAGCAGACCUAAUUUCGCUAAAUCAGACUACGUCCAACGACUGUCUGCAUUUAUGCGAACGCUGCCUCCGGUGUCAACUCGGAUACAACAUCGACAGGUCGCUCUCCCUCGAGAGUUAUCUACCUGUUCACAUGUUUUCAUACGAGUAGAUUCGGUACGCAAACCUUUGCAACAACCUUACGAAGGCCCUUUUCGCGUGAUCGCUCGUCACGAAAAGACCUUCAAGGUUGAUCGACACGGCCGCGUCGAGAUCAUCAGCAUUGAUCGUCUCAAACCAGCACACGUCGAUGACAGUGCCCUAUCUGAUAACCUGAGACUCAAUGCUAGACCUAUCAAACCUACUAGCGGGAUCCUCAAACCAUCUUCAGGUCCCACGCUAGAUACAUCUGAGACCUCAUUCUCACGUCCCAGUCAACAGCACGCGUCAUCUGCAACGUCUACGGAUGAGACGACAGUCUCACGUCCAGAUCAGCAGACCACGCCGCCCUUGACUUCGGAUGAGAUUGCAGGCUCACGCGACGCGAACGAGACUAUCGUCUCACGUUCCGGUCGCCGAGUAUGGUUACCCGUACGCUUCCUCGACUAGUCGCACAGUCGACAACCGAUACGGUGUAGGAAUCUUCCUAUGCUACUUGCAUGCUACACUCUUCUCUUUUUUUGAUUUUCUUUUUGUUUCCUGAGCCCUCGCCCUCGACCAUCUCCGUUUGGUUCCGUCGACUUCAGUCAACUUUGGCGAAAGCUGGAUUGGCCACCCAUGCUCUUGUCAACGCACUCAGUCGAUAUAUUGGUUUCGAAUGCUUGGCAUACGCUUGGUCUCUAACUUGGUCGUUAUGGUCGCUUCUGGUCUUUUGGCUCAACGUGGUUUCGUCCUUCGUCUGCAGCGUUUCUGGUCCGCAUUCCCUACGAACGCAAUCUUCAGAUUCUGGAUACAAACCACUCUCGUGUAGCAUACCAACUCAAGCGAUAACUACAACACAUCGCUCCUGGUACCGUUCUCCGAAAAUGACCUUCGUUGGCAACUCGACGAUCAACUAUCGCUUUCCUGUUCGCCAAUCUUUCCGUCCUACAAUCGCUCGUCGGCCGAUCAGUCCCACGAUUCAAACCACUUUUUAUCGAAAGUGUAAACCCUUUCUAGCGGGGGGCUCCUGUAGUGACUCACGUUUAUCACGAGAACACGACUGGUUUAAUAAAAACAAUUAUUAUUAUAACCAACUGUACCAGUGUUUGUUUUAAUGUGCUUUUGUUUAACUGUGCUAAUUAUAGCCAUUUUGUGCUUCCAUUACCUUCCAUCAUUGUUCCGCGGUUUUUGGUACUGUUCGCACGUACUCCUGUCUUCUGCUUCCACUUGUACCAUUCCUUGGCA